AUGGAGAUCCGUGUUGUAGAGUGGUUGCCGGGCUGCAGGAACAUGAUGCACGCCACGCCUGAUUGCAUCAGCAUAUACAUGUGUGGUAUCUUUGCCGAUAGCAUGUCAGAUCAAAAAUGGCAUCGAUAUCCCCGAGCUCGGGUCAGGCCCGACGGCACUAGGAGGCGCACCCGAAAUGAACUGGCUGCCCGCAGUGCUCGCCGCAAUGCCCCUGGCAAUCAAAGGGAAAGAGCCGACACUGCGGCCCCCCGUGCUCAGGAGAUGAAUCAGCAGCCCUGGCGACAAGCGGCCGAUCGCGAGAGCCGACAGCCACACUGGCAGAAUGCGCGGGGAGCCGACGCUCGGCCCCGGGAUCAACAUCAGGACUGGUACUACGACGAGGAGGACGAAGAUGAUGAGGACUACCAGUUUGACACCAGUGACCGGCACGAAGUGCAUGCGACGGAGGACGAAGAGGGCUACCUCAAGAUCUGGUGGCAGGGAGAAUGGUGGUUCCGGCAGAAACCGCCAGACCCACCGGCAUCGCCAAAGAAGAGACAGCAGGCUAGCAGCUCGAGCGAGCAAAGGAGGCCUACCAUUGAGGGAGCCGUUCCCCCGGCCCCUGCCCAGCAUGUCUCCGAGGGCCUCAAGCAGUUCGUCCCCCCUGCCCGAGACAGUGUGCCUCCACAAUCCUUGAGAGCCGUGCGUGAGAAGUGGAACCUGCUGGCCAUCAUCGAAGAUGACAUCAAUGUCCUGCGCAAAAAGAAGGUCGCCCUCAUGUUCAAAACUUUCUUCGAAAUGGGGCACUUCGUCAAGCAUCAUGACGACUUCCACCACUCGGAGUCCCUGAAGAUCAUCCCGGCCGCAGGCAACUGGAACCUUGCGUUUGCCAUGUGCCUGAUUUCCAGAGACAAGCUCCACUACGCGAACCACUCCACCUUCGGCACAGCUGUGGAAUGCUGGUUAUGGAGCCUGUCCAAAGAUGCGGACUUCGAGCCCAUCCUCACCCAGUUCGCCGGCAUGCUGCACAGCGUCAUCGCACUGUUUGAGGGAGUCCCCAUGUCGCUGCAUGAACAAAUCCAUUGGUUCGAUAGUCAUCAAGACCUGGCAAUCAAAUUCGACUACUACUUCCCCACCGAGCAGCUGAAGGAUGAUGAGCAAAUUGUCCGUGUGGCAAUUCAGGACCAAACCAGCCAGGACAGCAGAGAUGAUGACAUGCCGGACAGGACCUCCAAGCACAUGGGAAACACGGCUCCUGCAACCAGGACUGCCGAGCUGGCUUCGUCUGAUGCCUAUGUGGAGAUGGAGGUUGACUACCCAACGGGGCAAACGCCACCAAAUCAAUCUGGCAGCAUCCCCCACUCCCCGCGCAGGGUCGAGAGAUAUAACAUCUACACGGAGACGACCUACGCCAGCAGUGAUGGUACCUCUCUGCCCAUGCCAGCACGCGAUUCGGCCCCCCUUGGGGAGCCGACGAAGCUCUACUGGAAACUGGAUCAGUCUCUCUCCAAAAGACUGUCAGUUGUUCUGAGGCACGACUCUGAAGACUUCGGCUUGACGUUCGACGAGGCAGGGUGGACCAAGGUGUCAGACCUUUUACGUACCUCCAUCAUGAAGGAGAAGGGGGCAACCCUCAACUACAUCCGCUCGGUGGUCUACUGGAACGACAAGCAACGCUUCGCGCUCGAAUGGCGAGGUGCCGAUCUCUACAUCAGGGCGGUUCAAGGUCACUCCAAGAAAGGAAUACGUGAUGAAGCGGUCAUGCGGCCCCUUGGGGAUGCCGAGUUGCCGGAGCACGUCCUCCACGCAACCAACUGGGACUUCUACGGCUCGAUCUUGGCGAAGGGCAUCAUCACGGGAGGCCUCUCCCAGUCCCGGACACACAUUCAUUGCGUGUCAGUAGACAAAAGUGAAUAUCGGAAUUACCCCGCGCAUUGUGACAUCGCAAUCAUAAUCUCCCCGAAAGAAUCGGGGGCCGUCUGGUUCCGUUCAAUGAACGGCUACUAUUUAACCCGGGGUGCCGAUGGCAAGCUGGCCCCGCAUUGUAUAAAGGCCGUCAGGAUCCUGGCAUCGGGAGAAGAAGUUUUUGGCUCAGAGGGGCCACCGGCUGCUGACCUCGUCAUGCAAGCCAUCGUUCGGUCUCACUCUUUCCGGUCCUCCAGGGGAAGCCGAUCUUCGGCCCCCAAUGACCGUGACCACGACCGCACUGCAGCUCAGAGAGCAUACACGGGGGUUGUUUUGCAUCAUCACACCCGUUGCACCGUCUCCUCUACCCAAUGCAUACACACCAACCCCUCGCCUCUGCUGCAGGACUAUGAUCGACGAGAUGUCCCAGGUCCCGAGAGUCAGUACGCUAGGUUAAGAUGGGGACACAUCCUUCUGCUGGGAGUGUUUUUGGUCGGUGGGCAAGGUUAUGCAGGCAGGCAAUACGUAAUCACCACAACAGCAUCGGGUGGAUCGCCAAGAGAUCGCUGCGACGAGCUCGCGCACGAGCCUAUGCCACAGGCGGCCUGGCAAGAACUCAUGUCAUGGUUAAGUGAGAAACCAGAUGACUUUGACAUUGUGUUCGUGCAGGAAACACACUGGAAACAGGAGGGGUGCCGCACCUUCUCGUCCGGCCCCUGGUUCGUCGUCUCCUCAGGGGCUACAGGCAAAGACAAAUGCUCAGGAGUUGCCACUCUGAUCCAUCAGAAUAUCUGCAAGCAAGAUAAUGUUAGCUACAGGGUUAUUAGGCAAGGCAGAGUACUCUCGGUUCGACUACAUCACCAACAGAACGGCUCCGAUCUUCUGAAUGUCUACCAGCAUGUGUGGAGGACAAACAUUGACAAAGCCGAGAACCUGAAAGCUCGGGCCUCAAUCUGGGAUGCGAUACGGUCUAGCAUCAUGAAGAGUCCACAAAGGAACGACUUGAUUAUUGCGGGAGACUUCAACUGCUCCAUCAAAACCUCGAGGGGAUUGAUAGGUAGUGCCGUGGUUGCCAAAGUAGAAGGAUCGCCUGACGAAGAUGACUUUCUCGGAAUACUCCAGGACUUCGGCCUCACUCUCCUCAAUACGUGGAACUGCACUCCGGCACAUACGCAAUGCAUCCAAGACUCCAUUGCACAAGCAGAUGACCGGGCUAAGAAGUUAAAGCACCUCAUCGAUGCGGAUAUUCAGAAGCUGGACCCUGACUUGCAUCUUCACAGCUUCACGCGGCAGGUGGAUGAGAUCAUGAAAGAACACAUGCAAACCGUCUACCCUCCAGAACCUGCAGUUGACAACCGCGCUGUCGCCGAGGACCUACAAGCAGCUGCCGCUAAGGGCGAUCAAAGGAAAACUACCUUUUCGCAAAGGGGUGCCGAAGUCGUCGGCCCCGGCAGCAGUUUGGAGAUUGUUAAAUGCGCAGGAGGCAUAUGCUUCUCCCUUGACCUUGAGGGGGCGUUCGACAAUGUACCUCGCACUGCCCUUGCCACUAGCCUGAGACGACUAGGGGUCUCCGAAACGCUGGUGCAACUACUUAUGCAGUUCCAUUUUGAGGCAAGGUAUCACUGCUCAGUUGGCGUUCAUGAGGACCACGUCACGACCACACGGGGCAUCAAACAAGGCUGUACGGUCGCGCCGUAUUUGUUUGUGGCACACACAAUUGCUAUCAUUGACACACUAGCGGAGCGCCUAGGCUGGGACUGGGUAACGCAGCUGUUCACUUUUUACGCCGACGACGCCUUAGCCGCAUGGACGUUAAAAAGCGCUGAAGACCUUCAGGGUGCCAUUUGCGGCAUCCAAAAAGUCGUGCAAACCUUUAACGACCACGGUAUGACUCUCAGCGCAACCAAAUCGGUCGUGCUGUGUCACGCCAAGGGAGCAGAUGCCAUUAGGAUUUUGCAGAAACUUAAAGUCUUCAAGGACAAACUCCCACACCUUGCCUUCAUGCAACACGGCGAGCAGAUUCUGAUCCCUCUCAGGAAAACACAUCAGUACCUAGGUACCGUCAUUUCCUAUAGAGACGCCCAGGAGAAAACUGUUCAACUACGUAUGCGUAAGGUACCAAAUCUGGAGAGCCGGGGUGUGGAGCUCAGCAGCGCACGGGCUACUGGCGGUGGGCGUUAG